AUGAACCGAGGCCUGCUGUGGCUGGCAGCCAGCGGCCUGGCCCUUGGGCUGGCCGUGCUGCUCGCUCUGGCAGCUCGGCCGACGUCCGAGCGGAUUGAGGCCCGAGUGGUGUCAGGCAUCUGCCAGCAGAUCGUGUGGCAGCCCGACAGCCCCGAGUCGGUUGCAGCACGCUUCCGGGGCGACUUAAGUCCCACGGACCCACCCGUGUAUGCUCGCUACCGCUUCUUCAACAUAACCAACCUGCCAGACGUGCGGCAGGGGGCCAAGCCUGCGCUGCAAGAGGUGGGGCCCUACACCUACCAGAUGGUGCGCAUCAAGCAGGGCGUCCAGUGGGUGGACGGCGGCGCCGCGGUGCGGUGGAGCGAGUACCGCUACCACCUCUUCCAGCCGCACCUCAGCAACGGCACUCAGGACGACCCCAUCACCACCCUCAACCUGCCCCUGCUGGGCGCUCUGGAGUACAUCCAGUCGCUGCCCGCGUGGAAGGGCUCGUCCCUGCUGGAGCUGCUGGCGACGUGGGUGGAGCGCAUGGGCGACCCGCGCGUGCAGGGCCUGUUCACCACGCGCACCGCCGGGGAGCUGCUGUGGGGCUACGACGACCCCCUGCUUCGCAAGCUGGCGGUGUUUGCGCCCAGCAUCAACCCGCGCUUCCGCCUGGCCUGGAACAUGAGCUCCCCGGAGGAAGCGGCCCUGGACUGGCCCACGCAGGCCAACACAGGCCUGGAGCGUGUGGAGGAUGUGUGGCAGUACCAGGAGUGGGAGGAUGUGAGGCUGGUCACCUCAUGGAACCCGCCGCAUGUGGAGGCGGUGCGGGGGACCGACGCUUUCCAGUUCAGGCCAGGGCUGGCGAUCAACGACAGCGUGGAGGUGUGGGUGGGCGAGCUGUACCGCGCCGCCAAGCUGGUGGCAGAGGAGCAGGCACGACACGGCAACACGCCCAACAGCUGCACGCUACUGCCCCUGACGCCCAGCAUGCUGCAGCCGCUGGUCAGGCUGGAGGGCAUCCCGCUCCUGCGCCUGCGAGCCGACCCUGCCCAGGGCAACCCCGACCCUCGCUUCUUCCAGACCAUACGCGGCCUCAUGAACGUCACAUCCCCCACCGCCGAUCGGGUCUGUGGCUGGCCUGCAGCCGGGCCGGGCGGGCGGGCCGGCAAGCCGGGUCCUCCCAUCUUCCUGUCCUACCCGCACUUCUGCGAUGCCGACCCCGCGCUGGCGGAGGGUGUGGAGGGGCUGGCCUGCGACCCACAGGCCCACGACCUCUUUGUCGACGUCGAGCCCAACACCGGCAUCACGCUGCGCGCCGCCAAGCGCCUGAUGAUGAGCAGCUGGUUCGGCAGCAGGUGGCGCAGGGUGGACCCCGCGCUGCGCGACACCGUCCUGCCCAUCUUCUGGGCGGAGCUGGCCAGCAGCGCCACACCCACGCAGCUGCAGCAGUUCCGCCCGCUGCUGCGCGCUCGUGCCGUGCAGCGUGCGCUGCGGUUGUAUGCGCAGCCGGUGGCGGCAGGGCUGGCGCUGUUGGCGGCGGGCGGUUUGUGCGCGGCCUACCUGGUGUGGGGCAGCGACCGUGGGGGCGUCAGCAUCGGCGGCGGCGGCGACGGCGGCCUGGCAGCGGCAGUGGCAGCGGAGGUGGACGCAGACGAAGCAGCAGAGGCAGGGAUGCCACAGGCAGACGCCGGCACUGGCGGCAGCAGUAGAGAUCCAGGGGAAGCGCAGGAGGCGAUGCUCCUGGUGCCGUUGCUAGACUCCCACCCUGUUGCCAUGCCUUCGGAAGAGAGUGGGGACGGCUGA